CGCAUCGCCGACGGGAGACCAGUACGGCGUGGUUCUCGGCCUGCGACGCCACGGGAGCCCGAUUCUCGUGUGUCGGCUGCUUCUAUAAUACGUCACGCUCCGUAUACCUAUAUGCUAUAUACAUGUGAAUUAUUGUGUAUUUUCCUUCUGCUCGAAUCAAGCUUCAUCGUAUAUACUGCCGCGAUUGCGCUUGUGCUCGAGUAAACAUAAUACGCGCGGGUAAGAGAGCGUGAUUCAUACGUGUAACCAGUGUUACAUCGGUAUGUGCUGUGCUUCUAUUUAUUGAUACGGGCUGAAUCGUAGUGAUUUUUUCGUGUGAACGGAUGAGAAAGAACGAAGAGGUUUUACGCUGAUGCGGUCGUGCGUUGCGGUAUUACAGUAAUGAUUGUGUACGAUUGUAGUUGGAAACUUUGAGAGGCCAAGUGAAUGUUCGUAUACGUGUGGUGUUAGUGAGAUUUUUUGCCAAGUUUAAAAGGUUGCCGCCCUCGCCAGCUCACUGUGCGCGUGUUUGCUAUACAUUCGACGAAAAUUUCUUUCGGACUUUAGGAAGAUCAUAACUCACGCAAGAGUGAGAGCGAGGGAUAUUCGCGCUGCUUGGAACUUUUCAGCCUAUUUUGGAAAAGCUACGCCGGUGCAACUGCUCGCAAAACACUUUCAUGCAGGAUUGGGAUUAAUGUCCUUGUCUUUGUCACUGACAGAAGAAGCAGUACUAGAGCGGGUUCUUUUAUUCAGAGGAUACAGAGAUUUCGGUUCCAUGAAAUUAGCAGAGCCUUUCUGAUCUUCAUUUUGCUGUUCGAUUGGUUUUGGGGAUUUAUCGAUGGGUGCAGAUGCAUUUUCCAGUAGAGAGAAUCCAGGGAAACGAACCAGAUUCCAAAUGAAGUCGACCGACGACGGUAGGCCCUAAUGCGGCCCUAACUCAGAAGCCGUUCAGCUCGCUUCCGAGCGUAACAUGAAGCUCUGAACUCAUCGGUCGAUAUCCGACGGGAAAGGAAAAGCUCUUCAUCAAUUAGAUAAGAAAUUGAUCGCAAGUUCGCCGCAAAGACGAGAAAGCCAGGCUUCGAGGAGAGGAGUUCGGCAGCUCUCAAGAUGUACAAGCUGCUGAGGCGGGGUUCGGGCCGCAUGCUCGUGCUGUGCGCGGUGCUGCUGUCGCUGUUGCUCUGUCUGUACUACGUGAGUCAGACGCAACAGGGGCCAAACGUGGGUGCAGGUUCCGCGGCUAUAAUUGCCGAUGGAGCGGCUGGCGCUGGCUUCGAUCGCGUCCUCACUUCCGUUGUGCCUGACUACAGUGAGCCUCCUGACGCCCAGGUUUCACCGGACACCUGUCCGCUUAUCACACCCAGGGAUGCGGAUAUCGACGCUCAGGCCGAGUUCGAGAAGUUCGACUUUCAGCCGUCAUGGAUGAGGAGCAGAGAGUACUGGGACGACAGCUUCGAACGGCGCUACGCUGAAUUGAAGAAGGAUCCCAGGAGACCACCUCUAAAGGUCAUAUUGGUGCCGCACAGCCAUACAGAUCCAGGAUGGUUGAAAACGUUUGAACAGUACUUCCACAGUGCCACUCGAAGCAUUUUAAACAAUAUGGUUACAAAACUGCAGCAGUGGCAGAACAUGACGUUUAUAUGGAGCGAAGUUUCUUUUUUGUCGCUAUGGUGGGAAAGUGCUCAUCCAACUAAGAAGAUGAUAGUAAAGAGAUUGGUGAAAGAAGGUCGAUUAGAAAUGACGACGGGUGGAUGGGUGAUGACCGACGAGGCAACGUCCCACAUUUAUGCCAUGUUGGAUCAGCUAAUUGAAGGUCAUCAGUGGCUGAAGACCAACUUGGACGUGACACCAGAGUCAGGUUGGUCGGUUGAUCCCUUUGGUCACGGUGGUACAGUACCUUACCUGCUCAAGUCCGCAGGAGCCUCCGGUACUGUCAUUCAGCGCAUCCACUAUGCCUGGAAGCAGUGGUUCGCCAAGAAGCAGUAUGGCGACUUCGUCUGGGUUCAACCGUGGGACCAAAGUGGCGCUUCGGACAUGCUCACCCACAAUCAACCCUUCGACAUCUACAACAUCAAACACUCGUGUGGUCCCCAUCCUCAUGUCUGUCUUAAUUACGAUUUUCGCAAGAUUCGUAACGAGUACACCGAGUAUUCUGCCAAGGCCGUCGACAUCACGUCGAACAACGUAAAGGCGAUGGCAGAACAGCUGCUCGAGCAAUACUUCAAGACUGGAUCGCUGUUUCCGCAUAACGUUGUGCUGAUACCGUUGGGCGAUGAUUUUAGAUACGACCAUCCGAUCGAAUGGGACCAGCAGUACACCAAUUACAAGAUACUCAUCGACUUCAUAAACAGUCGCAAGGACGACUACAACGCCGAGGUGGUAUUCGGAACGCCUAAGGACUACUUCAACGAGAUCCAGAAGCGAAUGGCUCGUUUUCCAACUCUGAAGGGUGACUUCUUCGUAUAUUCCGACAUCUUUAGCGAGGGCAGACCAGCAUACUGGAGUGGAUACUUCACGACGAGGCCGUACAUGAAGAUCCUGGAUCGCGAACUAGAAGCCAACCUUCGUUCCGCCGAAAUUUUGUACACGAUAGCGCUCAACGUGGCCAAACAGGCUGCCAGAGACAUCAAACUUUACGAGACGUACUUCGAGAAAUUGGUCAAGGCCCGUCGUAACCUUGGUCUCUUCCAGCAUCACGACGCCAUCACCGGUACCUCAAAGUCGUUUGUCAUGAAGGACUAUGCCCUCAAGCUUUUCGAGUCGAUCUCCGAUAUGACGAGCCUGCAGAGCUUCGCCAUCCAAUCUUUGGCUGCGACUGAAGUAAAAGCAAACUCCACUGCCAGUCAGGUUUACGUUCUGUCGGAAUCUGAUCGCGACAGUUACGAAAAAUUACCAAAGAAAAUUCCCAUCAACAUCAACAACCGCGAAACCAAGAGAAUCGUUCUCUUCAAUUCUCUCGCCCAGCCGAGGCUAGAAGUUAUCAGUUUGAAAGUUUCGACGUAUCGCAUUCGCGUCCUCGAUUCGCAGAAGAAUCCCAUUCCAUAUCAGGUUGCUCCUGUGAUGAACGCGACGAGCAUCACGCACGACGUUUACGUUCUGCUGUUCGUGGCUGAUCUCAAGCCUUUAACGAUAGCAAUCUAUCACUUGCAGCAGACUGAUAGAGUACCAGCUGAAGCUAUAUCGACGGUUUACUGCAGUAGAUGUGGUAAGGAUAACGUCUUUCCCAUCAAACCCAUGCAAGUUGGCGAUGUCCAGCUGGAAAAUCAGAGGAUGAAGCUCUUGUUUGACGGUCAAACCGGUUUCCUCAAACGUGUCACCAAGAAGCCCAGUGGUAAGAUCAUGCAGUGCAACCUUCAGUUCGCUGCUUAUACAUCGGCUCAAUUCCACAGCGGAGCGUACCUGUUCAUGCCAGAUCCGAAUUUACGUGAUUCCGAUAAGGAUGUUCUGGAGGCUUACACGCCGCAUCAGAAGAUUUACAUUGUGUCUGGUGCGCUUAGCUCGAGACUUACUGUGGAGUACGGAAAAUUGUUAGCUCAUCACGUGGCUAUCUACCACAAGGAGGGUGUUCUGUCCGAGGCGAUAUACUUGAGGAACAUCAUAGACUUCGAGACACCACCAAAGAAUCGCGAGACGGAAAUGUUCAUGCGUAUCCAAACGGAUAUCGUUAACGGUGAACCACCAGUAUUCUAUACCGAUCUCAAUGGACAUCAGAUGAUCAAGCGUACCAAGAUUGAGAGGAUUGGAAUUGAAGGAAAUUACUUCCCCAUCACGUCGAUGGCAUACAUCGAAGAUUCAUCUCAUAGGUUAACGCUUCUGGUGAAUCAUGGACAAGGUGCGGCGAGCUAUCAACCUGGUUGGCUGGAAGUCAUGCUAGACCGAAGAACUCUGUACGACGAUUCGAGAGGUAUGGGUGAGGGUUUGUUGGACAAUCGGAAAACCGUGAUCAAGCAUUGGCUGCUGCUGGAAGACAUCGUUGGUGAGAAGGACAAAUACUCUAAACCUUCGCUGUUUGCAAAUCAAAUGAGCAACGCCUUGAACUAUCCCGUGAAUAUUUUCGUGGUUGAUGGCUCGGAAACUGAAAUCAAACUGUCACCGGAAACGAGACUGCUAAGUCAAAGCUUACCCUGUGACGUACAUCUACUCAAUCUCAGGACAAAUCAUGACCCAAAGAUGCCUCACUAUCCCAUAAACAACGCACUUAUGGUACUGCACCGACAAGGCUACAGCUGUGGAGUUGGAGCCGAUGUACCUAUCAAACACUGCCCGUUGUACGAUAAAUUAUCGCCUGACACGGUUUUUUAUAAGCUUAGCGCGCCUAACGUCACGAAGACUUCGUUGACGGGUACGAAGACACACAAGCAUCUUAAGGAUGGACUGCAGGAGAUCGCACUGCAGCCCAUGGAACUGGAGACAUAUAAUCUCAACUUUGCGACGAAUCUUCACUGAGUUUAGAUAACGCGAAGUGAUCGCAUCUGUGAAUGCCGCGUGAAUAGUUUUGAGAACUGAUGAAACAUGUCUUUCGUGAGUGUUUUGCAAAGAUUCAUAGUGAUAUAAAUAUAAUAGAUUGAAAUUGAUGCCGAGGAGUGUGAAUGAACUCGAAUUAUAAAUUAGUUCACGUAUGAAAAAUAUCUUAUUGGCCCAGUUGUAAUAUGUCGAUGCUAUUCUUAUCUUCUUCUGGGUGAAAGACUUUAGUGAGUGAUUAACAGAAUGACUGAUGUAAUAAAAAUUAAAGUGGAAAAGCACGUUACACAUACUAUUCUUUCUCUUCAUCCAUGAAUAGUUCUUAAUUGAUGGAAAAUUUCAGAUAAGAUUCGUACGACAGUACGGCAUUAACGGUCAAAGUUCAUCGAUAUUUCCCCACAGAUAGUCGUGCCGUAUUUCUAGUAUUUGCAUUCGACAAUAGAUCGUUAAUUAUUAUCAAUUAGUCGCGCCGUUAAAGCUCGAGCUUUUUUGCCAAACGAAACAUAACCAGGCCAAUGCGGGCAAAAAGCGUAUUAGUGGUCCCCGUGUGAUUUCGAGCGCACUGAUUCAUCACAAAAACUCGACUCGUUCACACAAGUCCAACGUUUCUCUAUGAUCGUCGAUAUCUUUUUUGUCAGGUCUCGCCACAGAAUGUUGUAUAGGUACGAACGGACGAGCUUAACGACCGAUGGUGAGAAAGCCGACUGCUUACCACCAAAUUGGAGUUAAAGGAAAACAAUAUGGUUUAUGUUUUAAAACGUGCGAUCUGUCUAUUUUUGAAGUCUGCGUUACACAAAAUAAAUACUUGGAAGCGUAGAGGAUAGAAAUGAAAAUAUAAAAGGGACGCAGAGAAAAGGGAAAGGGUAAGAGCAUACCAGAAAUCGAUAUUCACACUGUACAUAUCAAUACGCCCGUCGAUGUAAACGAUAUAUGAUGGAAGAUAUAGAUUUUAAUGUGCUGUAGAAGAAUAAUGUAAAUCUUGCCUAUUUUCGUAUUCCAGUCAGUCUUCAAAUUUUGAAAUUUUGAACUUGCUCGUUCUCUUUUUCUCACGCCUCUGGCUGUGGAUAUUAAAUAAAUGGAAAAAAGCUUAAAAGUUUAAAUUAUUUAAAUUCUAAUGAUAAUGUUGAGAACCUUAUUUGAUCGAAUCAUCGCGAAAGAUAUAAAAAAUAUAAGAAUUUAUAGUGGUCGUGCAUGUGUGUACAUAGAGUAAAAAAAUCUUUGUGCAAUUGAUUUUUCGACGUUUAUUUGAAGUUUUUGAUUAUAAAAUUAUAAAAGAUGUAUAUGUAAUUAUUCAGUAGUGAUGUAUAUUGAUUUAUAAUUAUGAUGUGGGAUUAACUGGAAACAGUUAAAUUUUAUCUGUAAAUAUAAUCAUUUGAAUAUCGAAAUUAACGCUAAUAUAAUUUAAUCUCUAAUCGAAAUUAUAUGUAGAAAGGAUCAAGAAUAUUUAAUGUUCAGCCGUGACUAUUAAAAACCUUACUAAUGAAUUAACGAUUAUAUAUUUAACUUGAUCGAUGUCGCCUAAAAACGAAUCCGAAAAAUUUUGAACUACUAAACUCUUUGUGCAGUUCUUCCAGCGUAGCUCGUAUAUAAAGGAAGAGAAAAUAGUAUGGAUCGAAAUAACGCAAGCGAAACAUGAGACUUUUGUAAAUGAUGUAUUGGGUGAAAAAAAUAUAAAAUUUGUAAAUAAUAAACUAUAUGCAAGCGUAUAAAAGAAUUAUAGAAAACUCCGCGACAAGCUUUAAAUCGCAACUGCAUACAAGGAUGAAAGAUGUGUAAAAUGUGUUUGCGAGUGAAUAUUUUUUUUCAGACAUCUUUCCAAUGUGAUAGCAUGGAUUAAAUCAUGAACUUUUCUUUUAAACAAUAUAAUUUUGUAUGAUUACAUUGUACAAUAAUUAUUACUAUUGGCCAUUAGGAUAAUCAUAAAAGUAUAGAAAAACUGUGCUAUCAAAAUCGAUAUGUCAAUAUUGCAAGGCAUAUGCAUAAAUAGUACUUGGUUUGGUCAAGUAUAUGUGCUCUGUGUGACUGUUGAACAAUACAAUGUAUCGCAGACGUUUAUCAGUAAAUAUGUGAAAGAAUCUGCUGUCGAAGCGACGUUAUCAAGAUUGUAUAAUAAUUAAGAAAAAAAGAAGAUAAGUAGGUCGAAAAAAAUGGGAUCGGGAGUGAGUGGGCUUGAUAAUGUAAUUAGCAAACUAAAAACCAAUCUUUUAUAUGAAUAACUGAACUGAGUCAACGCAACUUUAUAAAGGGAGUUUUUCAUUUUUUUAAAUGAGCCUACGAAAAUGUAAAACUGACUCUACUGUUGACUGUCUGUACGAAAAUUGUAUGCGAAUAGUUGUAUAAGGUUCGAUGAAUCUUUGUAAUCUGUAUAAUGUCAGUGAUGUAGGCAUUCUAUUGAUUUUAUUUUACGAAUGUUCGAUAGCGAAAGAUCUGUACGAACUAGUGAAUUUGUAAAUUUUUCUGACUUGUAUUAGUUAGUCUAAUUGCGUUUAUUUUUACUUAAUUACUAAAGAUGCAUCAUAGAAAUAGCAUAAUUUUCUCGUCGUUCUCAUAUUGAUCGACUUAUAAUUUAGAGAAUUAGAUAUAGCGUUUGAGAGGUGUUGGCAUUAUUUGUUUGAAAUUUCGAUGAAAAAGUUAACGCAGCUGUGCUUGUUAUAAUGUGCAGAGAGUCAAAACUCAAUAUUAAUCAAUUUGUACAUAAAUUUGCUUUUAUAAAUAUAUAUUUUGCAUCGUAUUCUUUCAGUGUAAGUUUAUUUCUCAUAGAGAAGGUUAUUAAUUAGAAGUGCUCAUUCCUACAAGUAAAUACCUAGCGAAUUUUUGUACAAACAAAAAAAAAAAGAAUAAAAAAUGAUGAUUUUCAAACUGGCUUUGAACUUCGGCCGUUCGAGUUGUCCAGUGAACUGUAAAAAUCGUGUAAAAUACUACGUGUUCUGUGCUGUCUUUUAGAGAAGAGAAAGAAACUAUUAUAAAACUAUGUUAUUAUUAUUAUUAUUAUUAUUAUUAAAAGGAAAGAAAAAAGCACGUGUGUCGACGGGACCGAUGAAUCAAAUCAAUGUAAGAGAUUUUCUUACUCAUUUGAUCAUUAGGACUGUCUGCAAAGUGUGAGUAAAAUGGCAAAGAAAGUAUGCGGGGCGUCAUUAUAUAACAGAUGCUCGAACGACUUGUCGACGUGACGAAGCGAACGUACAAAGCGACACAUUCCUUGGAUGUCGCUUAUGACGUAUUAAUCGUUCGAGCACAUUGGAUGAGAAUGAAUAAACAAUAACACGAUAUUCCCUAAUGUUAUAUACUAAUGUAACAAUAUAUUUAUUGAGUAAAAAUAGUAAGUCGUAUUUUCAA